CCUGUCUCUAUUCCUCUGCUUUCGUCUCUUCCUCCAAGAGUCCGCUAAUUCAAUCCCCUAACUCACAAGAGAGAAAGUGACAAUGGACGAGUCCGAAAAACGCAUCUCGACGCAGCAAAACUUCCCAUCUAAGCUCACUUUUUAUGUCGCCAUUUGUUGGUUCCUCGCCGCCUUCGGUGGCCUCAUGUUUGGCUACGACAUUGGCAUCUCUGGUGGAGUGACAGCCAUGGACGAUUUCCAAAUCAAGUUCUUCCCCAAAGUGUACGAGAAGAAGCUCCACGCCAAGGAAAACAACUACUGCAAAUACGACGACCAGUACCUUCAGCUCUUCACUUCUUCGCUCUACCUCGCCGCCCUCGUCUUUAGCUUCCUCGCCUCCAAAGCCUGCGACAAAUUCGGCCGGAAGCCCACCAUCCUCAUCGCCUCCGUGUUCUUCCUCUGCGGCGCCGCCCUCAGCGCCUCCGCCAUGAACGUCGCCAUGCUCAUCGUCGGCCGGAUCCUCCUCGGCGUCGGCGUGGGAUUCGGAAAUGAGGCGGUUCCCCUGUUUCUGUCGGAGAUAGCGCCGGUGAAUCACAGAGGAGCGGUCAACAUCCUGUUCCAGCUCUUCGUCACAAUCGGAAUCCUCUUCGCCAACCUGGUCAACUUCGCGGUCUCGAAGGUCCACCCGUACGGUUGGCGAAUCUCCCUCGCCGUCGCCGGCGCCCCUGCCGCCGGCCUCUUCAUCGGCUCCCUCGUCAUCUCCGAGACGCCGACCAGCCUCGUCGAGCGCAACAAGCUGGAGCAGGGCCACAAAACCCUUAAAAAAAUCAGGGGAGUAGACAACGUGGACGCCGAAUUCAACCAGAUCAGAGCCGCCUGCGAGGCCGCCAAGCGUGCCAAAGCCCCAUUCAAGGAGCUCAUGAAGAAAUCCAGCUUCCCACCAUUAAUCAUCGGAAUCUCGCUCCAGAUCUUCCAGCAGAUGACGGGGAUUAAUGCAAUCAUGUUCUACGCCCCUGUUCUCUUCCAGACCGUCGGAUUCAAAAACGACGGCUCCCUCCUCUCCGCCGUCAUCACCGGCGUCGUCAACGUCGUCAGCACCGUCGUCUCCGUCGUCGCCGUCGACAAGCUCGGCCGGAAGGCCCUCCUACUCGAAGCAUGCGUCCAGAUGUUCAUCUCUCAGGUAGCGAUCGGGAUAAUUUUGCAUCUGGAUCUGCCGACGACGGGGUCGCUGACGAAGGUGGAGGCCGGCGCGGUGGUGUUUCUGGUGUGUUUCUUCGUGAUGGGCUUUGCGUGGUCUUGGGGCCCAUUGGGCUGGCUGAUCCCCAGCGAGACUUUCCCCGUGGAGACACGGGCUGCGGGCUUUGCGUUUGCGGUGAGCUCCAACAUGUUCUUCACCUUCGUCGUGGCCCAGGCCUUUUUGUCCAUGAUGUGCCACAUGCAGGCCUACAUCUUCUUCUUCUUCGCGGGAUGGAUCUUUGUGAUGGGCCUCUUCGUCGUCUUCCUCUUGCCCGAGACCAAGGGAGUUCCCAUCGACGCCAUGGCCGAAAGGGUCUGGAAAAAGCACCCUGUCUGGAAAAAAUUCAUGGACUGAUAAAAACAAAAAAUGCACCGGCCAUUGAAGAAGCUCUUGGAGUACAUUUGUAAUGAAUCAGUUCUUUUUCUCUUUUUUGUCACCUCUAUCUUUUAGUCUUGUGAUAAUGCUCUAGAGUUGAGAGUUUGCUUUGUGAGGGAAGUAGCUUGUCCAUUUGGUUUGGUUUUAUAGAAUAACAAAUAUAUAAAAAAUCA